CUCUUCUCUUCAUCAAGAAUAAAAAACCAUACAUAAACCCUAAUUGCUUCAAGAAUUAUAUACCCUUUCGCUCAAUAAGGUUUCUUCCAGUGCAUUUCGCGACCAAGAAAGUUAAAACUACCGUCGUUUUUGCAGAGUAAUUCCGGCCAUGUCGACGCGUAGUCGCGGGUUACGGUCAUCUUCCAUAGCGAAGAGGCCUCCGACGACGGAGGAUCACGGAAAGGACGUCAUGGCGGCCAAGAAACGACCGCCUCUCAGAAACGUGACCAACGAAAGAAAGGGACCUCAGAUUGGUGCAUCAAAUGCUAUGGCACCAUGCACAGCAAAAACUUUCAAGAUAAAGAAGAGAUCUUUGACCUGCAUUCGUGGUACAAGCCUCUCUCAAAAUACUUUCCCUGCAUCCUUGAAUGUAAAAUCAAGUCCUGCUGUUUCUUGUGAGGAUACAUGCUUCCCCAAGAGUGAUCAACCUGUUGGUAGUCUUACCAGUCUUUCUGCUUCCAGCAGCAUGGUUAGUGUCCUUUCUGCCCCUAGAACUAUGGGUGUUUCCCCAAGUCGAUCAGAUGGUUCAGUUUCUUUAGAUGAGACCAUGUCUACUUGUGAUUCUUUGAAGAGUCCAGAAUUUGAAUAUAUCAACAACCAUGAUGCUUCUGCAGUUAGUUUUGUUGAGACAAAGACAGGUACCUGUCUCCAUCUUUCGAAGCAUGUGGAAAUAACAGGAAAUAUCUGCAAGGGAGAUGUGGAGGUGGAAACAAUUGACAAAAUUGUUAAUGUUGAUAAAAAUUUCCUGGAUCCACGGUUUUAUGCAACCAUCGAUUGUGAUAUCUACAGUAACUUGCGUGCAUCUGAGGCAAAGAAACGGCCUUCCAUUGACUUCAUGGAAAGGGUUCAGAAAGACAUUAAUCCCAGCAUGCGUGCAAUACUCAUUGAUUGGCUUGUGGAGGUAGCUGAAGAAUACAGGCUUGCACCAGAUACACUAUUUUUGACUGUUAACUACAUAGAUCGUUAUCUUUCUGGCAAUGUUAUGAAUAGGAAGCAGCUACAAUUGCUUGGCAUUGCCUGCAUGAUGAUUGCAGCUAAAUAUGAGGAGAUUUGUGCGCCCCAGGUGGCAGAGUUCUGUUACAUAACUGAUAACACAUACUCCAAGGAGGAGGUUUUGCAAAUGGAAUCUGCAGUCUUGAAUUAUUUGAAGUUUGAAAUGACAGUCCCAACAACUAAAUGUUUUUUGAGGCAAUUUAUUCAUGCUGCUCAAGGGAACAAUAAGGAUCCAUCAUUGCAACUGCAAUGCUUGGCAAGCUACCUUACAGAGUUAUCACUCCUAGAGUACAACAUGCUUUGUUAUGCACCAUCACUAAUAGCUGCUUCUGCGACUUUCUUGGCUAGAUUUAUACUUUUCUCAGCAGAGAAGCCUUGGAAUUCUAUGUUGGGGCAUUAUACACAUUACCUGCCCUCUCAUUUGCAUGAUUGUGUUAAGGCAUUACAUCAUCUUUGCUGUAACAACCAUGGUUCUGGUUUACCCGCAAUUAAGGAGAAAUACAGUCAGCAUAAGUAUAAAUUUGUGGCAAAGAAGUAUUGCCCCCCUUGUGUGCCUCCAGAGUUUUUUGAAGACCCAAGCGACUAGAUGUCAGAUAAGUAUGGCAAUGCUUGGCUGAAUAGACUUGGAUGUUUCUGCUGUCAGCUGUGUGGUCUUUCCUGGUGAUGUGUUUUUGGAGUUUCAAGUAGCAUAGUCUUCUUCUACUGUUUCAUUCCACUCUUCUCUGUUGAAGAUGAACCCACCAGGUUCAUAUCGUACGUAAUGUGUUCUUGUUUAAAUUUCUUUAGUUUACCCCAAUUUUCAACCUUGUACAUGACCAUUUCUUUUAAUGCAUCUUGAUAUUCAACUGUACAUAAACAUUCCUUUCAAUGAUCCCUUCUCUUUCAUGGAAAACAAAUGGGGAAAAUAAAUUGAG